AGGAGUGGGAGUAUUUAGAAGGACACAAGGAUCUCUACAAGGACGUCAUGAUGGACACUCUACAAGGACGUCAUGAAGAGGACGACAAUGUACAUGAUCAGAAUGGAAACAUCAUGGAAAAUAACAUUGAUACUAAAGAAGAGUAUAAAGAGGAGGUUGAGGAGUAUGGGGUGGUGAAGGAACUUUCAGAUAUACACAAGGAUAUGAUUAAGACACCUAAUACCAGGAACCCACCAGAGAGAUGUCCCCGUCCUCUGUAUUCCCGGGAUUCCACACAGGAAGGUCACACCAUCCCCCACCAUCAUCAGGGUGAAGAUCUGAUGAUCAUGAAAACUGAGUGUGACGUAGAAGAGACGUAUGUGAGGGAUGAUCAGCAAUAUACGGAGGAGGAUGGAAUGAUGAGGACAUUCAUAGAGGAGGACACCCCUACAGAGAUCAGCACAGGACACGUCAUGGAGAAGCCCUCAAUGGACCAUCCACCUGUAUUUAUAGUUUGUAAAAUGGCAGAUGAGGACGCAAUACGAGAUUUUCCCAGAGAAAAGACAAUGAGCUCCACUAUGGAUGGAGGACUUCCCAGUGUGGAUAGACCAUGGAAUCCCUCCGACUCUGAGCAACCUUGUACCGUGAGGAAUGGGGCCGGAAUUCUGGAGGAGGAGACAUUUCCCUGUCCUCAAUGUGGGGAAAGUUUUGGCUCGGGUUUAGGUCUUUUUAUACAUGAGAUAUCUCACAAGCAGGCAGGAUUUCAUUCCUGUUCUGAGUGCGGGAAAUGUUUUCUAAGUGAAGCACAUUUGGUCAGACAUCAGAGAACUCACAAAGUUAAAAAGUCGUAUUCCCGCCCUGAGUGUGGGAAGCAGUUUGUUUUAAUAACAAAACGAAACAAACACUACAAAUCCCCCCCGGGUGAGAAGCCAUAUUCAUUGCCUGAGCCCGGGAAAUGUUUUUCACAGGAAUCACAACUUGAUGUACAUCAAACCGUUCAUACUGAGGAGACGCCGUAUUCCUGUCCUGAGCGCGGGAAAUACUUUUCACAGGAAUCACAACUUGUACAUCAAACCGUUCAUACUGAGGAGACGCCGUAUUCCUGUCCUGAGCGCGGGAAAUACUUUUCACAGGAAUCACAACUUGUUGUACAUCAAACAGUUCAUACUGAGACGACGCCGUACCCCUGUACUGAGUGCGGGAAAUGCUUUUCAAGCAAAUUAGAACUUGUUGUACAUCAAAGACAUCACACAGGGGUGAGGCCCUAUUCCUGCUCUGAGUGUGGAAAAAGUUUUAUUUCCGAUUCAAAACUAAAUAAACACUACAUGUCCCACACGGGGGAGAAACCCUCAAAGGAUCGUCUCACUUUAUCUCCAGGUCGUAAAAUGGAAGAUGAGGACAUCACAGGAGAUUGUGGAGGAGAAAAGACAAUGAGCUCCACUAUGGAUGGAGGACUUCCCAGUGUGGAUAUACCAUGGAACCCCGCUGACUCCGAGCAACCUCGUACUGUGGGGGAUGGGGCCGGGAUUCAGGAGGAGGAGGAGGAAUAUCCUUGUCCUGAAUGUCCGGAAAGAUUUAGCUCUAAGUUGAGGCUUUUUUUACAUCAGAAAUCUCACAAGGAGGAGAAGGUUCUUUCCUGUUCCAAAUGCGGGAAAUGUUUUCUUGAUAAAUCGGACCUGGACAAGCAUUCUAUAUCUCACCAGGCGGAGAAGGCCAAUUCCUGUCCUGAAUGCGGUAAACGUUUUUUACACCGGUCCGUCCUUUUAAGACAUCAACAAUCGCAUGCAGGAGAGAAACAAUAUCCAUGCCCUGAGUGUGGAAAAUGCUUUAUAGAGAAUUCAGACCUUGUUGAACAUCAGAGAACUCACACAGGGGAGGAGAAGCCGUAUGCCUGCUCUGAGUGCGGGAAACGUUUUUUACGGAAGUCUUGUCUUACCAGGCACCAUAGACUGCACACGGGAGAAAAGCUGUAUUCCUGCUCCGAGUGCGGGAAACAUUUUCCAUGUAAUUCGGACCUUGUCACACAUCUAAGAUCCCACACGGGGGAGAAGCCGUAUUCCUGCCCUGAGUGCGGGAAAUGUUUUUCAAAGAAGUCCCAUAUUUUUUCACACCAGAAAACGCACACAGGUGAGAAGCCGUAUCCAUGUCUCGAGUGUGGAAAAUGUUUCUCGCAGAAGUCCAGUCUUACUGUACAUCAGAUAUGGCACACGCAAGGAAAGGCGUUUUUCUGCCCCGAGUGUGGGAAAAGUUUUCUACAGGAAUCGUCACUUAUCAAACAUCAGAGAAUUCACAGAGCGGAGAAGCCGUAUGCCUGCCCUUCGUGCGAACAAUGUUUUACCAGGAAAUCACAACUUGUUAUGCAUCAAAAAUCUCACAAAGGCGAGCAAUGAUGAGCGGAUUGGCUCGGGUUACGUUCAUGGGAGGCUUAAAUACGCAUAUACCAAACAUAGCGCCCGAAAUCCCGUUGAAAAUAAUGGGAGAUGUUUUUUGGCCUUUCAAUGGGCAGCCCCUAUCUGUGAAUGUCAGCUUUUCCAACAAGAGGGUUUAGCCCAUCUUUUGAAACCAUUCUUCUAUGGUUGGGGGUGUGAUGUGUGCUUGAUAGCGAUGGACCAAUAAAAGUGAAAACUAGUUCUGGUGGAUAUACAGUGGAGUGUAUUUUCCUUCAAAGCUGAAGAUAUCGGCCAAUAAUAGGUUGAUAAUGGUCCCCUCCCUGUACUGAUACCCGUCCUGGGGUUCAGCUGGCAUUAUUAGGUUGGGUUUCACUCCUAGUUACAGUAACACAGAUUGUAGGCCUAUGGUUGCUUGCUCAUUGCUAAAAAAGGCCUACAAAUAUGGACUUUAACCCUCUCGUCUAUCAGAGAUCACAUGACCCAGUGCCUAGGCUUGUGGUUGUGUAAAGAGCACGCCCCUCCCAGUCCCCAUUGGUUCCUGCUCUUCUGACAAGGCUGUGUAAAUGUAGAAGUGAUCUGGGAGGAGGACCAAAGGUUCUUUGAUGGGGGGAAGAGUCUCAGCUGGUUGGGACCUCCACAGAGAACAUCUCCUCACUCAUAUCUACCUGAUCCAGAUGGAAUCUUGAUGGAAGUGAACUAACCCUCUCAUAUCUAUUGAUGAUGUUUUUAUAUUUUUCCAGGACACGCCAUGGAGAAACCCUCAAAGGAUCGUCUCACUUUAUCUCCAAAUUGUAAAAUGGAAGAUGAGGACAUCACGGGAGAUUGUGGAGGAGAAAAGACAAUGAGCUCCACUAUGGAUGGAGGACUUCACAGUGUGGAUAGGCCAUGGAAUCCCUCUGACUCUGAGCAACCUCGUACUGUGAGGGGUGGGGCCGGAAUUCAGG